AUGCUCGAAGCGCGUCUCAACGAAGCCGCCAUUCUCAAGCGUCUGCUCGAUGCCAUCAAAGAGCUUGUCACCGACGCCAACUUUGAGUGCAAUGAGGAGGGCCUGAACCUGCAAGCGAUGGACAACUCACACGUCGCGCUCGUCGCGGUCAGCCUGAAGGCGUCAGGCUUCAAGCGGUACAGAUGCGACCGCCCCAUUCCGCUCGGCGUGAACCUCGCGUCGUUCACGAAGGUACUUAAGUGCGCGAAGGACGACGACGUGUGCAUCCUCAAGGCGAACGACGACGCGGACGUACUCAGCCUCACGUACGAGGCACGAAACACGGACCGGAUCGCGGAGUACGAGAUGAAGCUGAUGGACAUCGACGCGGACACGUUGAACAUCCCCGACACGGACUACGACGCACGCGUAACAAUGCCCGCGAACGAGUUCGCCCGCAUCGUGCGUGACCUCUCGCAGCUCGGUGAAUCUGUCAGGAUCGAGGUUUCGAAGGAGGGUGUGCGCUUCAUCAGCGACGGCGAGGCUGCGAACGGGAACAUCCUCCUCCGCGAUACGCAGGCGAGCACGCGCAAGGGCGGGUCGUCGUCGAAGAAAGAAGAUGAACCAGAGGAGGAGGACGAACCUGAGGAAGAGGACGGGGACGAGGACGAAGACAAGCCGAAGAAGAAGAAGAUCAAGAAAGAGAAGGUCAAGAAAGAAGAUGGCGAGGAUGUGGAGAUGAACGGGGAAGGCGAAGGUGAAGGCGAAGGUGAAGAGGAGGACGAACAAGAGUUCAAGCCGAAGGGCGAGGACGAUGAGGAGGAAGAGGAAGAGGAGGAGUCUUCAAGUAAAAAGCGCAAGAAGGCGCCUGCGAAGAGCUCCAAGCCCUCGAAGAAGGCGAAGAAAGACGACGACGACGAGCUGCCCGAGGGUGUCAAGGUCGAGAUGAACGCACACGUCAACCUGACGUUCAGCUUGAAGUACCUCGUCAACUUCUCGAAGAGCGGCUCGCUGUCGAACGUCGUCCAGCUCAUGAUGAGCAACGAGGUCCCUUUAUUGGUCUCGUACGAGUUCGGCCAAGGCCACAUUCGCUACUAUCUAGCACCCAAAAUCGGUGAUGACUGA